UUGCCGAGGAGGGGCCACGAGGAGGGGCCCACUUCCGGGGGGAGGACRACUGGUAACCCGGAAGCGGUCGGCAGUGCGGCGCUGUUUAAAGAUGGCGGCGGAGGAGCCUCAGCAGCAGAAGCAGGAGCCGCUGGGCAGCGACUCCGAAGGCGUUAACUGCCUGGCCUAUGAUGAAGCCAUCAUGGCGCAACAGGACCGAAUUCAGCAAGAGAUUGCUGUGCAGAACCCUCUGGUGUCGGAGCGGCUGGAGCUCUCCGUCCUGUACAAGGAGUAUGCUGAGGAUGACAACAUCUACCAACAGAAGAUCAAGGACCUGCACAAAAAGUACUCAUAUAUCCGGAAGACCAGGCCUGAUGGCAACUGCUUCUAUCGAGCUUUUGGAUUCUCCCACUUGGAGGCACUGCUGGAUGACAGCAAGGAAUUGCAGCGGUUCAAGGCUGUGUCUGCCAAGAGCAAAGAGGACUUGGUGUCACAGGGCUUCACUGAGUUCACAAUUGAGGAUUUCCACAAUACGUUCAUGGACCUGAUCGAGCAGGUGGAGAAGCAGACCUCAGUAGCUGACCUCCUGGCCUCCUUCAACGACCAGAGCACCUCGGACUACCUUGUGGUCUACUUACGGCUGCUCACCUCAGGCUACCUGCAGCGGGAGAGCAAGUUCUUUGAGCACUUCAUCGAGGGUGGGCGGACUGUCAAGGAGUUCUGUCAGCAGGAGGUGGAGCCCAUGUGCAAGGAGAGUGACCACAUCCACAUCAUCGCGCUGGCGCAGGCCCUUAGCGUGUCCAUCCAGGUGGAGUACAUGGACCGUGGUGAGGGUGGCACCACCAACCCGCACGUCUUCCCUGAGGGCUCUGAGCCCAAGGUCUACCUUCUCUACCGGCCUGGACACUACGAUAUCCUCUACAAAUAGGGCUGGCUGGCCUGCCACUGCCCUGCCUGCCUCCCCCUCUGCCAGGCCCUAGACAUGUACAGAGGUUUUUUUUGUGGUUGUAAAUGGUCAUACUUCACUCCCUCCCUUUUCCUGUCACACAACCUUCCACGUUUUAUUAAAGGGGAUGCUGGUGGUAAGCUGCGUGUGUGCGUGUCCCUGCUGCUGCCUGCCCACUGGCUGCUGUGUGUCUGGCUGCCCCGCUUCCCUCAGGUGGGUCCCCCAGUUUUCUACCUGUCCAACCCCAAGCUUUCUCACCAGGAGCAGUUUUGAGGGGGCUAGGCCUCCUGGGGGACCCUCCUGGUUGCUUGGAAUUGUGUGCUCUCUAAGGCCUCCCCCUUCCCCCUUCCGCUUCCACACUUCCAGUUGUGGAUGUUUCUCUGGGAGUUGCCUAGGUCUCUGGCUUCCACCUUGYUGUCCUGGCCAGGGCCCCAGACCCCAGUCUUGUGCCCUCCACCAGGGAUCUGCAUGACUGGAGAGUCCUGGGCAGAGAGGGCUCAUAGGAUGAGACUGGCCCAGGCCAGGUGGCGGAGGGGGCACCGGCCUGCUGCGGGAGGAGUGGCCUUCAGUCCUCAGGUCUAGGCAGGGCUUGCCAGUUCCCCACUCUUCCCCGCCUCUAGGCCCCCUGCCUGCGCCUGCUUUGCACCCUCUUUGCUUGGGCCAGUGUCUGCAUUGCCUGCCUUUUGCCUUCGCUUCUCUUCUUCACCCACCCCAGCACAUGUGGGGUCUCAGCCCCAGGCUGUGAGCUCCUUGGGGGCAGGCCCUCAAUAAAUGUGAAGUGCUGCUGCC